GACAGUCGGUAGGAAAGAGGGCGGUCCAGAGGCGUGUCGGGCUCCCCGGGAACGAGCGAGAGAGCAUGGGGGAAACUUGGCGCGCUGCUUUUCGGUGCUCCAGUCUCCACUUAGGCGCCACUUGGUGCGUAUCGUUCUGGCAAGAGAGUGUCUCCUCGCGGAUAUCUCAGACCAAUCGUGAUCGUGGUGAUCGCGCGAAAGAGGAUACGAAGUGAUUCCUCGUCCAUAUCUUGUACUCCUUUUUUUUUUCUUCUGAAAAUUAGGGGUUACUCAUACAUCUUGCGUAUACGUGGAAGGUAUCGAGAGACUAGUAUCGGUAGUGAUACUAGUGACGAGCCAGUGACAUUCGCGAGGAGGAGAAGAGAGUUGUUGUUGCAGGAGAGAGGUACGAGGGGGGGGUUAACCCGGCGACAAAGAUGAUGCACGCAAUGAGCGAGCAUGCGGGCGUGGGUGUGUUGCCAUUUGAUGGAAUGGGUCUGUACGAACAACCACGGCCACCCCGACUUGUCUUUAAGAUGCCGCGCGUCGUGCCUGAUCAGAAGGCCAAGUUCGAGAGCGAUGAGUUAUUCAGAAGGCUGAGUCGUGAGAGCGAGGUAAGAUACACCGGUUAUAGAGAUCGACCACUUGAAGAACGUCAGGUACGUUUCCAAAAUGGCUGUCGAGAAGGUCACACGGAGAUCGCGUUCGCAGCGACGGGCACCAACCUCCAACUUGUAUUCGGCAACGCAUCCGGGAGCUACCCCGUCGAUCCCAGCGAUUGCGAUUUCGAUAAGGAACAUGGCAAGGUACACCUGCGCUCGCACCUGAUCAUGAACGGUGUAUGCGUGAGGUGGCGGGGUUGGAUCGACCUGGAGCGGCUGGACGGCGUCGGCUGUCUGGAGUACGACGAGGAGCACGCCGUCGAGGAGGACGCGUUGUUGCGCGACCAGCUUGAACGCUACAAUCAACGGCUGCGCGACUUCGAGGAGAAGCAACGGACCUACCGGGGCGGCCCGGCGUCGGCGGCGCAGCCGACGCAUCUCAACCAUUAUCACCACGAUACGCAUCACGCGAGUCAUCAUCACCAUCAUCAUGGCCAUCAUAGCCGGCACGUGGGCGGUGCGGGUGCCACCGGUGCCACCGCGACCGGCAUCGAGCCCCAUCUGCCGCACCGCCAGGAUCCCGAGAUGGAGGUGCGACUACGAGCUUACUGAGGCUCGCGUAGAUCCUCGAACUGCCCUCGAUGAUGGUAAAAAUCUCAUCGUCAUCGCUUCCUCGAGCCCGCGCGAGCCCGGCACUCUGACUUUAAGAAAAAGUUUUUUAAAACAUAUGAAAAAAAUUUUCUUCGUUUAAAUCGGGUGUCAGAUUCGUGUAAGUGUAUCUCCCAAUGACAAGUCCGUCUUGGAUCGAUAGAGAUAAAAAAAAA